AAGGAGAAGAUGCGCUGCCCCAACAUCUCCUUGUGUGGCUUGCUAUGGGUCUGGCUGCCCCUCUUCCACGGCCGGCCUGUGAAAAUUGACAAGGUCGUAGCUGACACUAAAAGCCUCACCAAGACCAUCAUGGCCAGGAUCCAGGAGCACCAGUUUCCUCCAGUGAACCUGAAGAUCAACGGGUUUGAUUUCAUCCCUGGGCAGCUGCCGGCAGAAAGCCUGGAGGCCAUCGACGAGACCCUGCACAUCUUCCACCAGGUCCUCUCCAGCCUGCCUUUGGAGGCCCCCGUGGUGCAAAUCUCCAACGACGUGGAGAACCUCCGCAGCCUCCUUCAGAUGCUGAGCUCCCACCUGGGCUGCCUGCUCCGCAGACCUUCUGCGGCCGACAACCUGGGCAACCUCACAGAGCUGAUGACCGUCUCCCCGUACACGACAGCCGUGGUGACCUUGGACCGACUCCACAAGUGCCUAGAAAGCAUCGCGAAGUACCUGGACCACGUUCAGAACUGCUAGGGUGCGCGGGCGCCUCUGUGUGCAAAAGCACAGAGCCUCUUUGUUUUCCUGGUCGGGUUAAACCUCACCUACACCUAUGCAAGAAGCAAAACGCCUCAGGUUACGAUAUCUGUGAUGACAGCAAAACCAGCCUCAGAGCAAAAACAGUCACACAUUUACCUGCACCAGGAACUGAUCUGCGAAUGUUUUUGGACCAUCACUGUGUUCCUGGGCAUCCUCUCUCAGGGUAGACUUGACUAAGUUUGGGGGCAGCUCAGUUUGUGGGGAGGGGCGGGGGGGGUCACUCGAUUGUGUCUGGCUGUGGUUUGCAUGAACGGGAGACUGCAGGGGAAUCAUAGAAGGGUAGGUAGGCAGGGACCCCUAAAAUCAUCUAGUCCAAACCCAGGAGCUAAGCAGCUCCUGACAGGUGGCCAGUCAACAUCCAUUCCACUGUUAAAUGGUUCUUAGCACCAGAAAGUCCUUCCUAAUAUUUUGUUUGAAACUCCUUCCUUGUCAUUUGAAUUCGACGGUUCGCGUCUUCCUCUCCAGAGCUGCAGAAAACAAGUUUGCUCCAUGUGCGAUGCGUGGUUCAAAAAGGAAGACUCCCUAUCCUUUGGAGGGGCUUCCGGUUUUUCCUUUUUCAUUUUGGAGGGCCGGUUUGGCUCUCUCAUGCUCUCUGGUGAGACUCAGACCAGGCAAAGUGAGAGGCGACCGCCCCCCCGGCCCCCACCCCCAAGAAACCUGAAUGCCAGAACACAGGAGCAGAAGUUGUUCCUCAGUAGCCCUCUUCUUCGCUGCCUGAGCGGAGUCUCCAGCGACACAGAGCUCUUCAGCGGGGCAAGGCAGGGCAGGAUGGGGCUGGUUCAGAUUUCUAAGGGGGGGGGGAGGUUGUUCCAGGGUGGAGGUACAAUUCAGCAUGGUCCCAGUCUUGCUUUUGGAUAGCUUCAAGGUUAUAUACUGCAAAAAAGAAAAGAGAAAAGGAGCAGCGUAUUUGAAGAGCAGACCCCGCUGUUAACUUUUCAGACCUCGGAAUAACGAAUGUAGCAAUAUCACCCACGUGGAUCAAAAUUAAGCAAAACUUGGGUUUGCGCCUUUGGCACACCGGGCAAGCCAGCACUUCCUUCUCAUUCUUCAGAAUCACUCCUGGGCAAACGACACUUUGGUGCAUGUAAUGACAAAACCCAUAAUUUAAUUUUUAUUUUAUUUUUUGUUAUUGUUAUUUUCAGCAAAAUGCAGCCUGGGGUGGGGGAGGGGUGCGUGUGUUUGUGUGGUUUUGAGCUGAGCAGCAGGGCAGGCCAGGGUGCGUGGGCGUGGGAAUGCUCAGUGAUUCCCAGUCCCCGUUUCACGCAGAACAUGCCCCUACCGCUCACUCAGGGCCCGGAUUCGAGUUUUCAGAGGAAGACACGUUAGUAAGCAACAGGGCAUUAGAUGCAGGCCGUCAGAGGCAGAAUUCCUCGUGGAAUCAUAGAACUGGAGAAUCAUUGGUCCCAACCCCCUGCAAAGCAGGGAUCACGGCUGAAUUAUCCCUGGCAGGGGGCCAACCAACCUUCGCUUUUAAACCUCCACCACCUUCUUCCCAUCAGAAUGUUCUUCUUCAUGCUCAGAAAAGUUCUUCUCCUGCAGAUUGAGAUUCCAGGAAAUGCCCAUCUCUCCCUCUGUGGAUGGAGAUGGUGGUUUGUGGAAGACUUCACUUCCCAUGUGCAGAGUGCCUGCCUUCAGUUCCCCCCAGUCAAGUUUUUGGAACAAUGGGGAAGCCUUCAAAAUGUGCUCAGCAGAGGUAAAGGGUUCCAGGGGGGGGGAGUAUCCAAACUACAAGCAGCACCCCCCCUUUCCUGCUGCCUUCAACCCUCUGAGAAAAAUGAUUGCAAAGGGCCUCUCAGCUGCAAGGCAGGGGGUUGGACUAGAUGACCCAUGGGUCCCUUCCAACUCUACAGUUCUGUGAUACUGAGGCAAGUGGCAGAAAGGAGGCAGAGAGGAGCUUGACAGCUUCCCCACCAAGCGGGGCAUCCCUUCUGUGAUUCUGCAGCAGGCGGUUUCCCAGCUGGGGUUGGGCUGGAUGACCUUUGGGGGAUCCCUUCUGAUUCUGUGAUUCACUCUUAAAGCCGUAGUGAGUGGAAAAUGGAUAGUCCCCGUUGCAAACCUGCCUGCCCCAGUAUAGGCUUUCCGCUCUGCAAAGGUCUCUCCCUCGUCUGGGUGCUCAGGGAUUCAAGCACAGCUGGGGGCAGCUAGGGCUUCACCCUGACUCUUGCAAGGAGGAAGGAGGCCUCUGUGCCUCUGCACACCAGGUGCCCUUGUCUGACUCCCUUCCCUUUGAGGCAGAGGGGGAUCCCCUCCGCCCUCUCCCGCGCGUCUGCUCUCAGCACCUGGGGGUUUCGGUGCAAGGGCGGGCGGGAGGAAUUCCGCGUCAAGGGAGCAGCUAAGGUGCUGUGCUCAGACUUCUUAGAAAGAGCCUUUUACAACUCUCCCAUUUCCCCUUAGGUGGCAUUUCAGUUGCAAGACCAAAACGUUUUUUCCGAGGGUGUGAUGGGUCAUUCAGGGUGUUGCAUUCCUUCCCUGCUCUGUGAGCUGGAGGGCUCUCGUGUGUUGUGUGUGUGUGUGUGUGUGUGUGUGUCUUGUGGGGAGGGCUGCUCUGAAAGACUCAAGUCAGGAAGAGAGCAGAAGAUCUUCCCAAGCAGACCCCAAAAAGCCUCCGUAUUGUUAAACUCGCCCUUCUUAUUUAUUUUCGUUUCCCAUUACGACGUUUGUUGACGAUUUUUGCUUUUCUUUCUGUAUCUGGAAUAAUAUUUAUAUU